CACAACUGUGGGCUACAAAGUACCUUGGAGCCUACAGCAAACAUUAGCAAGAACUAUACAUACAUAAAGGAACAGCAAGGCCCAAAAUAGUUAACAUCCACCAUGCCCCCAGACAAAUGCAGGGUAGUUUGGACAGAGAUCUUGGCUCAGGAUUUAUAUACUACCCACUCUGGGGACAAUGAGGAAAAACCUUUUUUUAUGUGACAAUGUUGCUGACCUGAAGAUCUCACCCAGCUUAAACCUUGGAAAAAAGGUCAGCACCCCAAGAGACAUCAUGGUAGAGGAACUAUCAACACUCAGCAACAGAGGCGCAAGACUCUUCAAGAGACGUCAGCGGAGAUCUGACAAAUACACAUAUGAAAAUUAUCAUUAUGUUGCAAACAAGCCAAGAAAUCGUGGAGAGCCCAUACACAGUGUUAAAAUGGAUGGCCUCAGUGUUGAAGGAAUUCCCCAGCACGCUCCAAUGACUCCCCCUAAUACACCUGAUCCCCGGAGCCCACCGCAUCCUGACAACAUUGCCCCAGGAUAUUCUGGACCACUAAAAGAAAUUCCUCCUGAAAAGUUCAACACUACUUCUGUGCCAAAGUAUUAUCAGUCUCCUUGGAUAGAAGCCAUUAGGGAUGAUCCAGAGCUGCUGGAGGCCUUAUAUCCUAAACUUUUCAAACCCGAGGCAAAGCCAGAACUGCCGGACUACAGGAGCUUUAACAGAGUUGCCACUCCCUUUGGUGGUUUUGAGAGAGCAUCAAAGCUGGUUAAAUUCAAGGUGCCAGAUUAUAAUCUACUGAUGCUAAAUGAUCCAAGAUUCAUGAUUCUUGCAAAUCCUCUUGCUACCAGAAGAUCCUUCAAUAGGACUCCUAAAGGAUGGACAUCUGAGAAUAUUCCAGUAGUGUUCAUUCAACCUUCAGAUUCCAACAAUGUUCCAGAAACAGAGGACCUGUGAGAGAAGCUGCACUCUAUACUGUACAAAGUUUGGAAAGCUGCACAUUCAUGUAUUUUUGGUCCAAAUGUUACUAAAGGCUACUGAGAAGACCUUUCCUUGGCAGCUGGCACAUAACGCCUGAUGUGUUAUCUCUUUUCUGGAAUCUAUUUUUCAUCUGUUGACACAACAUAAAUAAAGGAAUUUGGCAAGUACUGGCUGA